AUGGACAGAGUCGUUUCUAAAUUGUGUAGCAAUAGAGGAUGACUUCUUCCAUGGCCUUUCAAGGAGCCUCUUCCUCUUCCUCUUCCUCUUCCACCCAUCCAUAUACUUACGAUGUGUUCUUGAGUUUUAGAGGCAAAGAUACUCGACACAAUUUUACUGCCCAUCUAUAUGCAGCUUUGCGUCAAAAGGGAAUCAACACCUUCAUGGAUAACAAGCUUAGAAACGGAGAGGAAAUUUCACCGGCACUUGUUAAAGCCAUUGAAGAGUCAGAGAUUUCAAUCAUUAUACUCUCUAAAAGCUACGCAUCAUCCCAUUGGUGCUUGGACGAGCUAAUGAAGAUCAUUGAGUGUAGAAAAACAAGAGGCCAACAUAUUCUACCGUUAUUUUACGACGUAGAUCCGUGGGAAGUAAGGAAUCAAACUAAUAGCUUUGGAGAAGCAUUCAUUAAACAUCUAGAAAGGUUCAAAAAUGAUGAAAUGAAGGUGCACAGGUGGAAGACAACCUUAACAGAAGUGGCCAAUUUGUCCGGGAAGCAUUUGGGUAACAGGAAUGAACCUGAAUUUAUUCACGAAAUCAUUGAAUGGGUGAAUUCGAUAUUAGUGAAAAAGACUUACUUCAAAGUUGCCCAGUAUCCGAUUGGAAUAGAGUGUCGUGUACAAGAUUUGAAGUCGCUUUUAAAUAUUGAGAAGAAUGACACUACAUGUAUGAUAGGGAUAUUCGGAAUUGGUGGAAUUGGCAAGACAACUAUUGCUAAAGCCAUCUACAACUUGAUUGUUUCUCAAUUUGAAGGUAGUUGUUUUCUUGAGAACAUUAAAGAAACUUCCAACCAAAAGGACGGUAUGAUCCAUUUGCAAAAUAAACUUCUUUCUAAGAUCCUAGAAGAUUCGAGUCUAAUGGUUGAUAAUGUUGAUCAAGGAAUUACUUUGAUAGAGCAGAGGCUACGCAAUUUAAGGGUACUUCUAGUUCUUGAUGAUGUGGAUCAACUAGUCCAAUUAGAAAAGCUAGUUGGAAAAGGUGAUUGGUUUGGCUUAGGAAGUAGAAUCAUCAUAACCACAAGAGAUAAACAUUUACUUAUUGCACAUGAAGUUGAUUCAGCAUACCGAGUGAAUGAGUUGGAUUACAAUGAAUCUCUUCAGCUCUUUAGCUGGAAUGCCUUCAAUAGAAACAAACCUAAUGAUGAUUAUGUGGAAGUCACAGAAGAUAUAGUACGUUAUAUUGGAGGAUUGCCACUAGCUUUAACAGUGCUAGGUUUGGCUCUAAAAGGUAGAGAUAUACUUUAUUGGAAAAUUAAAUUGGACCAGUACAAACGAAUUCCUAACAACGAUAUUGACAAACAACUUAGAAUAAGUUGUGAUGGAUUGGAUGAAAAUGCAAAGAAUAUUUUCCUUGACAUCGCGUGUUUCUUCAAAGGAGAGGAUGUAGAAUAUGUCACAAAAAUACUAGAUAGUUGUGGUUUUCACUCAUAUAGUGGCAUCAAAGAGCUAAAGGAUAAGUGUCUCAUAACUCAGUCUGGCAGAUCAUUGGUGAUGCAUGACUUGCUGCAAGAAAUGGGUAGAGAAAUUGUUCGACAAGAAUCACCCAAAGAACCUGGCAAGCGCAGUAGAUUGUGGUUUCAUGAAGAUGUUCGUCAUGUCCUAGAAGAAAAUACGGGAACAAACAAAGUUGAGGGCAUAUUGAUAGAUUUGCCUAAACCAGACAUGAUACACUUGAGUUCCAAAGUUUUCAUGAAGAUGAAAAGGCUAAGACUGUUUAUAAGCCGUAAUGCACGUUUUUCUGAAGAGCCUAAUUUUCUCUCUAACGAGUUAAGAUUGCUUGAUUGGUCUAAAUAUCCUGGAGAAUCUUUGCCAUCCAAUUUUCGUGGAGAGAACCUUGUUGUUUUAAGAAUGCAUAAUAGUCACCUCAAGGGAUUGGAGGGAGUCCAGAAUUUCCAAAACAUGACAAUUAUGGAUUUCACUCAUUGUGAGUUCCUAAGAAAAAUCCCUAAUGUUUCAAGGGUCCCAAAUUUAGCGAGGUUGAUUCUUGAUGAUUGUGUAGGUUUAGUUGAGGUUCAUGGUUCUGUUGGGUUCCUUGAUAAGCUUGUUCGUUUGAGUCUUGCAAACUGCACUAACCUUAGAAGUUUUCCGAAAAGCCUCAAGUUAAGAUCUCUAGAAUCUCUUGUCCUUUCUGGUUGUUCAAGGCUUAAAAACUUUCCUGAAAUUGAGUGUCAAAUGAAAUGCUUAGUGUACUUCGACUUUAUGGACACUGGUAUAGAAGAACUACCUUCAUCCAUUGGAUACCUCGUUGGGAUUAAAUAUAUAUAUUUAGACGGUUGCACAAACCUCAUAAAUCUUCCAAAUAGCAUUAAUCAGUUGCAACAUUUAGAGCACCUUUCUCUCUACAGCUGUUCAAAAGUUGUUAAGUUUCUACAAAAGGUGGAGGAUAAUAGACAGUCCAUGCCCUCUAUUGUAUCCACAGAGGAAUCUGAAAUUUCAUUAGGGUCAGAAUUACUCCAACUGCAACCUCCUACUGAUACAAGCGAUUUUAAUGAUGGUUCUUCAAUAUCAUUUCCGAAACUACGCACAUUGAAUCUUAGUAAUUGUGCCCUAUCAGAAUCAAAUUUCUUGAGUACCUUUUAUUCUUUCUUCGGAUUGAAAAGUUUAUAUUUAUCAAGGAGUGAUAUUGUUACCCUUCCUCAAUGCAUCAACAGAUUUGUUGGAUUGGAGUUCCUUUAUUUGAAUGAAUGCAAGCAACUUCAAAAAAUUCUUGGACUUCCACCAAAUGUAAAACUUAUGGAUGCUACUGGGUGCGUGUCAUUGGCAAUAUUUUUAGAAGAACCAGUGGGGUUUGGAAUGGUAUCUCCGACACUGCAAUCGUCAAGUUUCUUGAUUGAUCAACUUGAUUGCCCUUCUAGUUUGAGAUAUCUAUAUCUAACAAGUAGCGCUAUUGUUAGCCUUCCUCCAUGGUUCAACAGAUUUGUUGGAUUGAUGGACAUUCACCUAGAAGAUUGCAAGAAACUUAGAGAAAUUCAAGAACUUCCACCAAAUAUAAGAAAGGUAUAUGCGCGUCAAUGCAAGUCAUUGGAAAGAUUUCAUUUUGAUAAGAUAUACAAUUUACCAACGCUUCUAUGGAGUGACUUGUCUGAUUGUCAUGAACUGCGUCAGAAUAUAGGGAAUGAUGUGCGAAUUCGAUUAUUGAGUGAGGGACAUCCUAAGGAGCAUCAAUUUGGCUGUAUAUUUCUCGGAAAUAAGAUUCCAGAUUGGUUCAACCAUCGUAAUGAUGUUUUGUAUAGUAAUUCAUGUGAAAUAGAUAUUAAUGAGCCUGCACAUUUGGAUGGGGAGAUUACAAGAGUUGCUUUCUCUGCCGUUAUUGGAACGGAGGAUGGGCAAGAUGGAGAUUCUUUUCAAAUUGUUGUUGAAGUCAUCAAUAAUGGUGUAACCUAUAGGCUUGGAGGGAACGAAUGUUAUUCAUCACACUUAGAUCAUGUAUGGUUGCAUUACAAUGUUCAAGAAUCUUUUAAGCUAAAGGGGGAUUAUCUUCGUGUUAAAUUUAAAUGCGAGGAUAAAUAUUCAAAACCUUCUAACUCAGUGUUCUUUAAAAGUUGUGGAUUUCAUCUGGUACGUUUGGAUGAAGAGAAAGCAAUAGAUUUAAACCAGCCACCUUCUUUUUACUAUUUUCUCUAAGGACCCCAUAAUGCUUGUUAAUUUGGUUUUGGGUUAACUUUCAUUUUCUCCUGGUCUGGAGACAAUCAUCCCAUUUUUCGGAUGUAUGGUGCAAGUGACAAUUGGGGUACUUCUGGGGCAUCCAACUAUUUGCAAUGGAGUCACUAGCUUGGGUUAUAAUAAUGAUUUGGGUAAUCUGGGAGGCAAGUCACAUGCUGCAACUUCCACUUCAGAUGUCAUGUUGGUGCUUUUACUCUCCAUAGCCUCUCUUUAUAAUUCUCUUUUGUAAAGUAUUAAGGUCAAAUUGUCCAAACGAUUAUAUAUAAUUGAAUUGUGUGGCAAGCUAGGAACUGACUUGUGAUUCUUAAUUAAAUGUUUAGCAACUCUACAUAGUUUCUAUCUAUCAUGUAGUAAGCCACCUUUAUAAUGGGAAUCAAAUUACAAUUGGUAAUGGGUGUAAUUCUUGAGGAAUUCUCUGCUUGGUUAAAUCCAAGUGCAGAGAUAUAGUUCUAUUUAUAGAGAGUGAAUUUACAAGGGUGUAUACAGUAGACUCGGUGGUCCUUAGAGUAAGACAAUUACAGAGAAGAAAAAGACAAACAGAGGAGCAAGUUCCUUUAUCAAUCACAUGUGUUUGACCAUAAAAGAAGCAGAAAACAUGGGAGCCUUGAAACCAGGACAGCAGGCGGCUACAGCAGCUGCAGGUGUGAGGCUUGAUCAGGCAUUGACUCCUAGGUGAUUUCUGUUUAUGGUAAGCUGAGGAGAAGACUUGCUGAACAUGUGCUGAUGUAAAGAAAAGUAAAGAGGAGAUUGAAUCCUGAAUUGGUAUGUCACGAGUUGGUCUAGAAGAGUCUGCUAUUGAGUGAGCUUGGUCAGGAUUUACCUCUUCUGCAUGAUCCUGAUUUUGUUUUAUUUAUGUAACUACAUAUUAUGAUAAGGCACUUCUUAAUCAUGGACAUGCUCUUUCUUAAGAUUGGAAUUAUCCUGAAUCAAAGAUUUGGUCAUUCAUGCAA